AUGGUGCAGCCCCCUGCUAGAGCCGCUAGAGGCCGAGGCCGGAGUAGAGAACUAGGACGUCCACAUGGUGCAGCCAGAGCACCCAGAGCUCCAGUUGGAGGGCCAACACAUGAUGCGCAUAAGAAAGGAAGUUGCUCUAUAAGCUGCUUGCAGGCUGCUACUGCAAGUUGCUCUAUAAGCUGCUUGUAUACAUGUUGUGGAGGCUAUAUGCCUUGUAGUGGCAGAUGUGGAGAAAGUCAUUGCCCUGAGUUAUGUCUUUGCACAGAGGUGUUUCUUUGCUUUGCAAAUUCAGUUGCCUCAACGCGCUUUAUGUUGCAAGAUGAGUUCAAUCUACAGACAACAAAAUGUGAUAACUGCAUAAUUGGAUUCAUGUUUUGCCUCCAGCAGGUAGCAUGUAUAUUUAGCUGCAUUGCUUGUAUUACAGGAAGCAAUGAACUUCAAGAGGCUUCUCGGGUUCUAUAA